UGAAGGUAUAUAGUAUUACCUUUGCCCUUACACUGCAUCGAAAUUUGGUGCCACCGGACAUAUGAAGGCGUUGCGAAUGGAACUAACUCUAGAAAAACAGCAUAACAACCACGUCACCACAGUAAUGUCAUCGUUUCUGGACACCAACGAUGAGAUUUCUCAGAUGGAUAACGCAAUUAAGACGAAUCGAGUGUAUCCCUUGAUUAAAGGGAAAGAGGCAGCUAAUCGCAUAGUUCGGGGAAUGCUCGCUGGGGAAAGGGAAAUAAAACUUCCAUAUUUUGUCGAUACCUUACUUCGCAUUUUGAACUUACUUCCUAUCAAAUGGCAGGAGGGGCUGCUUCUCAUAACUACCUCUAAAAUAUUUCUUAAAUUUAAAAAAGACUUCACUUGA